GUCUACCGGGAUGGAAAGUUGAUCAAGUUCGAAUGUCCUGACGUGAUGGAAGAAUGGACAGAAGACCACGUCGCGUUCCUCAUCGGCUGUUCGUACUCUUUCGAGUCCGCGCUUACGUCUGGUGGUCUCGCACCCCGGCAUACGGUCAUGAACAGGAAUGUACCGAUGUAUCGCACCACUGUUCCACUCUGCCCCGCGGGUGCCUUCACAGGCAGCACCUACGUCGUCUCCAUGCGUCCCUACCCCCGCCACCUCAUCGAAUCCACCCGCACAAUAACCCGUCCCUACACCGCAACCCACGGCGAACCCAUCGCCUGGGGUUGGUCAGCCCUCCGCACCCUUGGUAUCUCUUCCAUUGAUUCCCCGGAGUGGGGAGAUGCUCCUUUGACCUUGGAUGGGAGGAAAUUGAGUGAGGUGGAGGGGGAUGAGGAGAAUGUUCCGGUGUUUUGGGCGUGUGGGGUUACGCCACAGGAAGCGGUUAUGAGGGCGGGAUUGGAGGGGGUUGUUAUGGGACAUGCGCCGGGGCAUAUGGUUGUGCUUGAUGCGAGGGAUUGGGAUGUCGUGAAGAAGGAGGAGUAGAUAGAGAUGGACAGGGGAGUGUAAGAG